AUUUUUGGUCAGUUUGAAGUUUAUAACUAUAAAAGUCAAUCUAUCGAGCCAAUUUUUUUUAGCAAGUGAACCAAUGUACGUCAGCCUUGACUCGAAUUCAAAUUUUAAAAAAAUAACACAUUCAAACUGAUAUAUGUAGGACUUUUCCAGGAGAGACUAAUAACCCACGCGAUUGGCCAACGAUUCGUUAUCGCUUCCAUAUGCAUUAAUUGGCAAACAAUUAAUGAAAUUAACAAACUAUUAGUUAUGUUUUAUCGCCAUUAGAGAAUCAACAAUUACAUUAGAAUGACUCUUAAGCCAUAACUCUAACUCAUUGUCAUUCCCAUUCGCCAUGAGCCAUUCGCAGUUGCAAUACUUUGGUUAAGCGUAAAGGAUUGCAUGAAUUUCAGUAUCAUUUCGGUUGUCAUUUUAAUGGCCGUUGCUGGUGGUCCUGAUGCUGCUGGUGCUGCUGAUUUUGGUGACAAAAUUCAUACAAAUUCAACCAAAAUGGAUUUAUUUACCGAGUGUUUGGCCCGUUCUGUGGUUUAUCUUGCGAAUAACUUCAUUGCCACACAGAUCAAUACAUUGGUCAUACGUCAGAGUUGUCUAAAUUGUUCUUACCCAUUGUAUGAACGUCAGCGUAAGCUAAUUGAUUAUGUACUGCAGCAUAGUGGGCCCAAAUUGGCGGUGCAUAUUACCAAUAGAAAGCCGCAAGUGCAAGAGAUAUCCCAUUAUACGUUAUUUGUGGUCAACAAUGUGGAGGCAUUUCGUAAACAGAAUUGGUCGGUGCCCGAUCGAGUGACCGAGCAUUAUUAUCAUUUUCUCAUCGUUGUGAGUGCUCGCUUCCAGGAAAUCGGUUUCGAAUACAUCGUACGGGAAUUGAUUUUGGCCAGUUUUCACGUACAUGUGCCCAAUGUGAUUGUUGUGAUCCAGCGGACCGAGCCCCAGGACAUUAGAAUCUAUGCCCAUACGUUUUUCGAUGCCGAUUGCAAACCUGGCGUUCAGAUCUAUGAGUAUAAUCGCUUCAAUGCAAGUGGUCGGCUGAUGAAAUCGAUUUUGCAACUCUUUCCGCCGCUUUCGUUUACGGGGAACAAUUGCACUGUACGGGUGAGUGCCCAUCAGGUGCCUCCUUACUUCAUGUUAAAGAAUCGCAAGAAGGCAAUGACAGAGAAGGGCAUACUACUAGAAGGAAGUGAGGCAAGGGGCAUUGAUGCCGAAUUGUUGUUACUUCUGGCUAAAGCAAUGCGAUUUCGCAUCCAAUUGUUAAUGCCCAAUGAGUCGACUCAAUUGUAUGGCGAGGCCAAUGUAUCCGGAUGUUUGGCUCAGCUGGCAGCUGGCAAGGCGGACAUGGCCAUUGGCAGUCUCAGCGGCUCGGAUAAGCGACGCAAUUUCUUCUCGAUCUCAGCGGUUUAUCAUCAAUGUUAUUUUGUGUUUGUAUUACGUUCCCAGCUAGCUUCGAAUCGUUAUAAUCAUCUGCUUUUGCCCUUUCGGCGAAAGAUUUGGUAUGCCACUGGGAUACUUUUGUUGUCGCUUCUCCUAUUCAUUGGAAUCCUUCGACGACAGAUUCUAUUGAACUAUCCGCUAGAGUCGCUGUUGGUCAGUUGCUUUGGCUGUCCGGUGGCCACCCAAAGAUUGGCCACUAGUUUCUGGGGACGUUACAUCUUUGUCAAUUGGCUACUACUUACCUUGGUGCUGCGCUGUGCCUAUCAGGCCAAGCUCUUCGAUGUGUUGCGCGCCCCUCACUACAUUGUAUUGCCCGAGUGUCUGCAAGAAAUGAUUGAACAGAAUUAUACACUGGUUAGUUCCAGCUACCAUGAUUUCUAUCCAGAAUACAUAACAUAUCGCAUGAAUUCGACAUUUCAAGAACGAUACAGAUAUCUGGAGAACGCAGCAUUGGGUAAACGACUGGCCACCAUUUCGCUGCUCAAUAAUCUGGCCUAUUGGAACAGGAAGCAUAGGAAUAACAGUAGUCUUACCUAUAUGCGAGAACCCAUUUACCUUUAUCAAUUGGCCAUUUAUUUUCCCAAGCUUUCGCUAUAUAAAUACGCUAUCGAUCGUAAGAUCAAUCAAUUGCUCAGUUCGGGAGUUAUGGGACAUAUCGAGAGGCGUUAUCUGUCGGUGAACUAUAUCGAUAUGCGAGAAAGUCAUCAUCUGCCGAAAAUUACCAAUGACAUAUUCGUUGGCGUUUACAAAGUGAUUGUUGCUCUGUUCAUUUUAAGUAUGUUGCUUUUUAUUCUCGAGAGAUUGUCCAUGAAGUGGCAGGGAUUGAGGCAAAUUAUUGAGUGGAUGCAAUAG